AUGCAGACGCCAACCAAACGGGUGCCGACGGCUCUGAAUGAAACUCCUCUCCAACGACCCGUCCCCUUCACAAAUAUCACGAAUGCCGCUCCCACAACUGUACAUGCGAGAAAAGGACCUUCACAUCUCUGCAGUGCCACUAUUCGCGCAGAGCCACGUGUAGUAUUAACAACAGAUGUUCUUUCCCCACCAGCCAUAACGGUAACUUCAGAAAAUGGUUCAUGUACACCAAGAGAGAAAACUAAAGCUCCACCACCACCACCACCAUCUAAUGAGGAUCGGGAACCGGGAAGUGUGGAUAAUUCCGUUUACUCUGAAGAACAUACCGCUACUCCUGAAAAGAAAUUACAGCCACGAAAAUUUUUGCAAAAGUACCUUUAUCUUAAAAACUUACACGUUUUACCGUCUACACCUGAACAAAAGAAGAAACAACAAUCAUCAACUCAAUUCCGUCGACCAGUAAAAGAAGUAUUGGUUGCAGCACCUACUUUAUCUAACAGUAAGUGUAAAGAGCAAAAGAAGUUUGAAGAUCCACGCCAAGGUUGCUUUGAAGAGUCAAAUACACCUGGUCGCGUUGCUAUUGAGAUUUUAUCGAGUAAAACUAAGAAUAAACCAGGUACAAGCAAAAAUUUAAACGACAAUAUAAUUAUGGGCAGAAAUGGAAGAAGGAUGUAUCCAGAAAGAAAAAUGGAAACUGAAUGUUUAACUAGUUCUCCAGAAAGAAACUGUGAAGUUCCACAGCCUAUUACACCGAAGCAUCUAUCACAGGAUGUGGAACUUCCUCAUACCAUGGAAGAAGAAGAAGGUAUGGAUAGAAUUCCAAAUAAUUUUACUAAACCUAAUGGGGAAGGAAAUGAAGAUAUUUUAAAAACCCCUGUAUUGGAAGAAUCUGGUAAUCAAACAGAUAUUGUGGAUAUCAGUGCCAUUUCUACCAUUAAUGAUGAGGAUAUAGUUCUACAAGUUGGUGAUUUUGAACCAUGUCCUCCCUUUUCUACACCAUUGGAUGGUGUUCUUGCUGUUGCUAAUGCACGGCGAGCAGCGAUAGAGUUUAAAAAGGAUGAUAUUUAUAUUCCAAAAGAAUAUGAAAUAAUGGAUUUUAAUAAGAUAUUUCUAGAGGUUUAUCAACACAAAAUGGAAGAGAUGCGUUCAGGUAGCCAAGAAGGUAUUUCAGAAUCAAUGGUUUCUCCUGAAGAGGCUCAUUCUCGCAAUUUAAGUGAUUGUUUGACCGAUCUUGAACUUUUUCUUUCAAAUUAUUAUGAUGAAGAGUUUGAUAUUUAUAAAUCAAAAUUAUUAGAUAUUGCAUUUGAUAUCCUAUAUACACAAAUGGUAGCCAUUCCGGCGACUAGGAUGUUGGAAUAUCUUGGACGCCGCCUUCUCUGUAUGCAGCGAGAUAUUGCUAUUCGAGGUAUGAUUGAACUUUUUGUCAUUACAUUUCCAAAGGUAUAUACAAACCGAAAACAUGGGAAAGAAUCCUCUCAUAGUAUUCGGGGUGAAAAAGGAGUAUCGUUGCUGCGAAAUAAAGAAAUUUCCCCACGUUCUCGAACAGGUCGCAGUUACUCUACCUCUCACUACAGAAGAAUGAGUGCUCCUGCUAACUUGAAAAAUGUCCAUAAGGACGUCAAAGAUAAAUACAGAGAAAAACCAUCUGGGCAAUCUCCCAUUGGUGUAAGAGAUUCUGGGAAUACUGCUACUACUAAUACUACUAUGGGAAACCGAACUCCUUUAAAUAAAAAGGGUAAAUCUGAGAGACUUUCUGCUUAUAUGGUUGUAAGACCUGUCCCCCGUAAACGUACACCGAAGCCUUCCCCAAGGGAUGAAGAUUUUCUUAACCUUAUCGAUCAGAAAUAA